GGGUGCUGGUGGUGCGCUCUCCCGCCGCGGGGCUGCACAAUGGCAGUCGUUCAGUAGGAUGGAUCCUGCCGUGGCUUUUGUUCUGCAGAUCCACCCAUCCUCCUAGCAGUCAAGUGCCAGGCUAUGGUUGUCUCUUUGGGGAUCCUUCUGCCGCCUUCUGCCGGUGUCUCCGAUGAGGUUUUGGCCUCGGCCGGGAUUUCGCUACCUUACUUUUCGUUUGGCUUCGCGCUGAAAAAGGGAUUUUUGGUUUUUGUUUUUGUUUUUUUUGUGUCUCUUCACGCUUUUGGUUACAAUCCAAUGUUGAUCUAAGGGGAAUAACCGUUGAGCCCGGCUGAAAAAAAAAAAAAAAAGCAUCCAUUGAAAAGUCUCAAAGAAAUAUACCACGUGAGGAAAAAAAAAAAAAAAAAAAAAAAAACCAACCCCAAAGCCAACAAAAUAAAAACCAACAAAAACUGUGAGAAGAUCGGAAUAUAACCGCCUUUUCUAUGAUAAAACUGGUGCCCCUCUUCAGGAGAACUGGUCUCAAUUUAUUAUUAUGCAACCGCAAGGAUCUCUUCUUUCUCAGGGUGUAUAAGCUGCUGGAUUGCUUUUCGCCCAAAUCAAUGUGGUUUCUUUGGAACAUUUUCAGCAAAGGAUCGCAUAUGCUGCAGUGUCUUUGUGGCAAGAGUCUUAAGAAAAACAAGAACCAAACUGCGUUAUUCAACCUUAUACCAGUGGGACUUCGAGUUGUUGCUAUCCAGGGUGUAAAGACUGGGUUGUACAUAGCCCUAAAUAAUGAAGGUUUCCUCUACACAUCAGAACUUUUUACACCGGAGUGCAAAUUCAAGGAGUCUGUUUUUGAAAAUUAUUAUGUAAUUUACUCAUCCAUGCUCUACAGACAACAGGAGUCCGGAAGGGCCUGGUUCUUGGGUCUGAAUAAGGAAGGGCAGGUCAUGAAAGGAAACAGAGUCAAGAAAACAAAACCAGCAGCUCAUUUUCUACCCAAGCCAUUGGAAGUUGCCAUGUAUCGAGAACCAUCUUUGCAUGAUAUUGGAGAAACAGUGCCAAAGGCUGGGGUAACUCCAAGUAAAAGCACAAGUGCGUCUGCAAUAAUGAAUGGCGGCAAACCACCAGUUAACAAGAGUAAGACGACAUAGCCAGAUCCUCACAGGUGUUGUGACUUACUGAGUCCUGAGUGCAAUUGAGCGAUAUAUCCUUGCCAGACUUCCCCUCUGCAGUGUCUGUGGAUCAGCUCGCAGCAAGUGGCGUCCUGGCGCGUGGCUGGUUCUGAACUGAAUCAUUGCAAGCGGAUAAAGCUCAACGUGUAGCUCCACCCACAAUGAGAAGACACCUGGAUGAGCCAGCUAAACUCAGACCAUGGAAUGCCCUACCAGAUAUUGGAAUGCCUUUUUAAUAUCUUUUCUGUGACUGUGACACUUCAUGUGAAUGACAUACUUCACAAGUACACUUGAUACCUUGCCUGCUGACAAUUACCCAUAAUCCCUUUUUGAGUCCAGUUUCAGCAAAAUCCAUGUGUUUAAGUUCUAUUUUGUAGCACACAAAUAAUCAAGUAAUUUCUAGGUAGAUGCUGUAAACCUGUGCUAUUAUGGAUUUCUCUUCUUCCCUUUUUUAUAAGGCUGCUCGCUCCACUGUCUGUGACCUUUUGCAGGGAUUGUGUUUCUCUAUAACUUUAAGUGUUGCCGGUGGCUUAGUUUUGAAAGUAAUCAGGGAAUCAGGAAGCCUUCAAAAGUCUAUUAUUACAAAUUAUAUCUAUAAAGAAUAGGAUCGUUGUCUCUGGCUUACAAUGCUGAUCAAUGUGAAUACUCUUUAGUAACAGAUACUGUGCUUCUGAGGUUGGCAUUAUAGUGGAGGGAAGAGUGUCAAACACAACCAACAGGAAGCUUUCUGAAAUGAGUGUUUGGCAUCCCCCUAUAGUUUCUUUUUGUGUGUGUGUUUUAUACAUAUCACAGGCUUACUGGUAAUGGUAACAUUUGCCUUGCCCAGCGAGCAAGACCCACUCGUUUUUGGGAAAGUGGGUCCAAAGAAUUUUGUAGGCCUUGUAGGCCUGAAUUAAGGCUCAUUUUUCAUCUACUAAAGCUUCAUUGUUUGAAAAACAACCACCACCAAUAAAAAAAACAGUUAAGACUAACCAGAAUUGCGCUACCUAAAUCCAUUUCAAAUAUAAUCCUUUUCUGUUUUUAAGGAACUGAACUUAAUGCCAUUGUUAUUUUUGGCUGAUUUCCACACCUACUUAGCAAAGCAUGGGCAAGGAUGUUGUUGUGUUCUUUUUUGCAGCACCAAUGCAAAGAGUAGUUAAAAAUUAUAGUUUUUCUGGUGUUUUAAAAAAAAAAAAAGUUUUACAACUGGACAUAUUACAAAACUUUAUUUUUAUUUUUAGCUAAGCAUGCAAAAAGUCCAGUCCUAUAUAUCUCACUGAUAUUCCAGUACGUACCUCUACCCAGCUUCCUAGGAUAAUAUCCUCACCAAAUUGAUAGAUUGAAGGUGCCUUGCCUUGAUCUCUGUAUACUGUACUUUCUUCUACAUGAAACUAGAUGAAAUCAAAAACAUAAAACUGAAGCCUUGGCUCAUAUCAUGAGAAACACCAUCAACACUUUGAGUUUGUUGCUUGUGAACAAUAAGACAGAUCUUACGGGG